GUACAUAGGAUUUUUUUAAGAGCCGGUGUCUCAGAAACUAGGCUAAAUGAAAAGAGAGCACCCCCACCCCUAUGUUUACAACGAUAACUAAUGAAUUUCGAUUUCACAAAACUUUCAAUUAUAUACAAACAGAGGGAAAAGACAUAAAAAUGGGAAAAACAUCGUUUAGUUUUGAACCAACAUACAGCCAGCCACAGUCCUAUAUGAUACUGUAAUAAAUUGAUUUUUGUGACAGUUAACUCUGAAUAUGAUAAAAAAUGAAUUUACAAGGAAGAAUGAAGAGAAAGCGGUAAUUCAAUUGCCCACUGAAAGAACCUCCAUAUUAAAAUUACGGCAAAGAAUUAAGCCAUGAAUGUGAAAAGAAUCCCCUAGAGGUCUUUGAUGCCAUGAAAUCCGCCAGUAGAAAUUUCUAUCGAUAUUUAUUAUCGUAAAGAAUGCAUGAAUGGGAACGAAUUUAUCAUUUCGAAAAGGUGGAGAAAUAUUUACAAAUUUUUUUCAAAGAAUGACGAACGCAGGAACAACACGAGGUCCUACCCUGCUGCGAUUGCUGCUGCGAGCAUUUGCCUUUAUGUUGACUUCUGCGGAGGAGACUAUAGAAAAGGCGCGCACUAUCAGAGCACGUGAAUACGGAAAUCAUCUGGAACAGUUGCCUGUUGAGAAUAACAUCGCAUAAUAGUUUGUUAUCACAAUAUAUAAAAUGGGAAAGGAAGCAUUCAUUUCUGGUUGCAUGGGACCAUCGACUGAAAGCGAUCGGACCAGAGGUGUCAAGAUGGACAACAAUAGGGAGGAAGAUAGUCAUCAGGUUCAUCUUCAAGAGCUUCCAACUUCUGAAGAAGAUGGAAAGCUGACCAACUCAGAAGAUGGAUUUGUUGAUAAUACAGAGCUGCUUUACACUAUUGAUGAAAAUCCACCAUGGUAUAUUGCUCUCUGUCUUGGUUUCCAGCACUAUCUGACAAUGUUUGGAGCAACAUUUGCCCUGCCAUUUGUAUUGUCAGUUCCUCUUUGUUAUGCACAUGACCCUGUUGUGAUCAGUAACAUCAUCAACACAAUUUUCUUUGCAUCUGGACUGGCAACCCUACUUCAGUCAACUAUAGGAGUCAGGCUACCAAUUGUUCAAGGAGGUACAUUUACUUUUGUUGCCCCUACCAUUGCAAUAAUGUCAUUGAGAGGCCCUUGUCCUGAAGCAGUCAAGUUGGCAACAACAGCUAGGCCUGCUUUGAAUCUAACUACAACAGCAUCAGUUCUCAUCACAUCAAUGAUGCCAAACUCAACAGCAACUGGUUCCCAUGGUAGUGCUAGUCUAGAUGAAGAAUGGAAGAUACGGAUGCGAGAGAUCCAGGGAGCAAUUAUGGUCUCUGCUCUUGCCCAGGUCUUUAUUGGCUUCAGUGGUCUCAUGGGACUGAUCAUCAGGUUCAUUGGCCCACUCACAAUUGUACCAACCAUUGCCCUUGUUGGACUUCCACUAUUUGAAACAGCCUAUUAUUUUGCAAGUGCACAGUGGGGAAUCGCUCUUCUCAUGAUCUUCUUUAUCACCUUGUUUUCCCAAGUCAUAAAAGAUUACAAAUUUCCAUUCCCUUUCUACUCGAAAGGAAAAUGCACCGUUUCUCGUUGGCCAAUUUUCAAACUUUUUCCUAUAAUGAUAUCAAUCUUCAUAACAUGGAGCUUCUCCGCCAUCUUAACUGCAGCCGGGGCCUUCGACCCUGGCCAUAGAGCAAGGACUGACAACCGCUUGGCAGUGCUCGAGAAAGUUCCUUGGUUUAGGGUCCCUUACCCAGGCCAAUGGGGAACGCCGACAAUCAGUGUUGCAGCCGUAGUAGGCAUGUUAGCUGGAGUCAUCGGCUCUAUGGUCGAAUCCAUUGGAGACUACUUCGCAUGCGCAAGAAUCGCUGGGGCUCCUCCGCCACCGCAUCACGCCAUUAACAGAGGGCUCGGCAUGGAGGGUAUUGGUUGCAUUUUGACAGGCGCAUGGGGGACUGGAAACGGGACUACGUCAUACAGCGAAAACAUAGGAGCCAUUGGCAUAACAAGAGUUGGCAGUCGACGGGUGAUCCAGUUUGGCGCAAUGUUCAUGUUGGUUUUGGCAGUGAUUGGCAAAUUUGGCGCGUUGUUUACAACUAUUCCAGAUCCGGUUAUUGGCGGCAUAUUCAUCGUGAUGUUUGGUAUGAUAACUGCAGUCGGUCUUGGCACUCUACAAUAUGCAGAUUUGAAUUCAAUGAGAAACCUCUUCGUAUUGGGCAAUUCUCUGUUCUUUGGAAUGGUGCUGCCAUUUUGGGUGAAGAGGACACCGAAAGCAAUUAACACAGGAUCCGUUGCUGGAGACCAGAUCAUUACUGUAUUGCUGAGUACAAACAUGGCUGUUGGCGGAAUCACAGGCUUCAUAUUGGACAAUCUAUUGCCCGGAACACUAGAAGAGCGCGGUAUUCAUAAAUGGCGGAGCUUGUUCGAAGAUGACGGCAAAGGGGCGUCAAAUCGCGGCCGAAUCGCAUCCAUCCAUACUUACGAUAUUCCGCUUAUUACACAGUACUUACAGAAGUUCCCAGCCGUCAAAUACAUCCCGUUUCUGCCUUAUUAUGGCAAGCUUGGACAGCCACAAGGCGUGGAUACGUACAGGAAAACGUCGGUUCUUUAACUGGGGUCCACAGCUUGGCCCUUGGGUUUUUAAAGCGGGUAUUGCUUUGUAUUAAAUCUUAAGAAAAAUUUAUCCCCUUGGGCUUUUAACACUUUGUCUCCCAUUGUUAUAAGUUUUAAGAAUCCCUCCCACGGGGAUGUAAGGGGAAUAACAUAACAAAGGAAUUGUCACAUACGUUUUUGGGAAACAAGGCUUUGCUCAAACCGCCCCCAACUUCAUUGUUCCGUUGUCGUUUGCCGUUGUGUACUGUUGUUCCCCAAUUUGAUAUAUUAUAAUGUCGUUUUUGGCGAACCUAAUGCAUUUUAUUUAUUUAUAUUUCUAUUUAAACUAAGACUUGACAUAUAUGUAUUUUUCGGCGUCGAAAGCAACAAAGACGCCUACAACAGGAAGGGGAAGCAGUUGCGGUCUUUCCCCCUCCCUUCACAAGAAUUGGCAAUCCUCUUCAUAUUCCUGUCCUUUUCCUUGCAUUUUGCCUACUUACUCAUCGUAAUUGAAGGCGUACCUGGAGUUCAGAGCUUUGUACAAUAUUACGUAUUUUCGUAGCACCAAUACCAGAGUUCUGAAUACUAGAUUUUGUAGACGAGAAUAUAGAACCAGACUGACUCGUUGCAAGUCUUAACCUACUUCGGCUUGUUCAACGUAUUAAUGAUUUUUCACUAAUUUUGUAUAUCUUAUAAUAACUUAUAGUUGAUCGGCUUUUAGAUGUCUUGCUAUAUAUUUUUGAAGUAUUUUUAAUAUCCUUACAAUUCUUGGGUAUAAACAUCGUUAGAAAUUAUUUUGCAAUGCGAAGUCGUUUUGAACAAGGAUGUUUUAUUGCAAAAGGAGUUUUUAAUAGACCUCAUAUUUAUUCUGCCAACAAAAGGGGUAUCGUUGCUAGCUGAUGCAAAUAUAUAAUUUUCAAUAAUCAAAUAAUUGUUGCUUGGCCUGUAAUUUCAAUGCGAUCCUAGCAAUACAUUACACACUUUUUAUAAGGAUACUUUCAUUUUUAGUGAGCUCUCUAAAAAUUUGUAUUCCUCAGCUUAUUGUUAUUGCACAAUUUAAAUUUUUUAGGAAAUUUGCAAGCACAUUACAAGCUUGACGUGUGUUCCCCAAACUUUUUACGUCACAAUUUCUCUUGUCUUGCUUGCCCAAAAACUCGUAUAAAUCAGUCAAAUUGUCGAUGAAAUUCGGACGUGGCUAUUUUAUUUCACCAAUCUAAGACUCAAUAUUUUUAUAAAACUUAUUCUUAUGAACAAAUUGUCUAGUUAUUUUCCUUGUUGUGUAAGCCUUUCCUUGCUGUGUAUGUUUCCUAUUUGUCUAGCUAGGGAUUUUUACUCGUUGGUGUAUAGUAAGGCAUAUCCUAAAAAUUUCUAGAUGAUUUUAAAAUCUUCAUCUAAUAAGAAAUUUCAAAUCCCUUUCAAAUUAAUCAAAUAAUAUUGUAAAAGUCAUAAUUAUUUUCUUUGUUGCAUGUAUGUAAAAACCUUUGCUAUCUUCUGAAAAAUAUUGUUUUUGGUUUCAUAUAA